AUGAACACCGAACACGAUGCCGCUAUUCUCCCUCAACCGGGUGGCCCCUUGUCUAUCGGCAAGCGUCCCACCCCUGAGCCCGGGCCAAAUGAAGUGCUUAUUGAAGUCAUGGCCGUCGCCUUGAACCCCUGUGAUUAUUACCAGCGAGACCAUGGCAUGCCUCCGGUACCAAUCUAUCCUGCCGUCCUCGGAUCCGAUACGGCUGGUGUUGUCGCCAAGCUGGGCUCAAAUGUCACUACGGUCCCUGGUCCCGGAAGCCGAGUCAUUGCCUUUGCCUCGUCUUUCUAUCAGAACGGCUCCCCCGACCACGGGGCUUUCCAGAAGUUCACUUUGGCACAAUCUGAAGCUAUCACUCCCCUUCCAGACCUUCUCUCAUUCGAGGAAGGCGCCGUAUUCCCCAUGGCCGUUGUGACGGCGCUGACGGCGUGGACCUCGAUUGGCAUUCCGCUCGAUACGAGAUACACUCCCGCAGACAAACAAGCUGUCCUGAUCUGGGGCGCAUCCAGCAGUGUCGGCACGUUUGCCGUCCAGUCAGCCAAGGCUCUCGGCUUUACCGUCUAUGCCACGGCAAGUCCCGGCCACCACGAUCUUGUCAAGAAGCUCGGCGCGGAUGCGGUCUUCAACUACAAGGCCAGUGAUGUCGUCUCUCAGAUCAUCGACACCGUAAAGAAGGAUGGGGUGCAGCUGCACACGGCACACUGCGUGGUGGUUGGAGCUCUGAAGCCCACAUUGGAUGUCCUCAAGGAGACCAAGAGCGAUGCUCUCGCCAAGGUAGCACAUUCGCCCGUCCUCCCCGAAGGUCACCCGACCCUUGACAACACGCAGAUCACUUUCAACUUUCCCUCCAUGGACGAGGUUUUAAGGAGCAAACACUUCUAUGAGGUUUUCCAUGGCUGGCUUAACUCCGGUCUCAAGUCUGGAGAAGUUGUUCCCAGCCCCAACAUCCAAAUUGAGGGUGGCGGCCUGGGCGGAGUGCAUACAGCACUAAACAAACUGAGGCAGGGAGUCAGUGGCACAAAGAUUGUUGUCCCAAUCUAG